UUUAGACGCUGACUGACAACAAAAGUAGUUCGUUUGCCUCAGAAUGAGCUCCAGUUUUGUUUAUCUUAUGUAAAAGUUUACAAUAUAGAGGUGGACUGACCGGACCGGACCGAAUUCGAGCGUGCAGGGAUGUAUCUGCUCUGGACGUGCUUGGUUCUUGUUGUGGGUCAGUGCGGGAGCGGGCACGCGGCCGGUCGGCUUGCCGCGAGCGCUGACCCCUCUUCUCAUGAUGAUGAUGGCGAUAACUUUUCGCGCAGGGGUCACGUGGGCUGGGAGCCCCUCCAACGCCGGGACAAAGCAGGCUCCACCUUCAACCUGAGGGUUCAAGUAAAUGACCUGCUGUGCCAGCGGCACCUGAGUAAGGCAGUUGUGGAGGUCUUCGUCAACUACACCCGGAACAGCACUGCUCUGAGCGGAGAAGACGGCAGAACUUUGCUUCAUGUACCUUUCCACUUGGGGCUGCCAAGCACAGUUUUGGUCAGCAAAACCGGCUACAUUCCUGCACUUCUGUCAUAUAAAACCAGCAGUGUUCCAUUGUUUUCAUCAGUAACUGUGUCAUUGCUCGAGCUGAACCAGGGGAACAUGUGGCUUUUUGAAGACUAUGUAGUGAUCACUGGCAAAGCAGCUGGCUCCUCAUCCCUCCCCAAUAUCCGGUUUCCCAAGAGUCUCCUGAAUGUGGCGGGUGUCAUGAAUUUCACCUCGGUGAAAGCGUACCUGACCAUCCCUCAGCUAAAGUCGGAGCUGGAGAGCUUUACAAGCACUGUGGGCGUCAUGAACAGCAAAAACAGAUAUGUCAGCGUGGAGUUGAGGCCCCUAGCGGCUUUCAGCGUAGAACUCUUCUCCGGGGACAUAGAGCUGGAUAUAAACGGGCCCGUGCAGGUCAGCCUCCCAGUUUCUGAUGGCUUAGGACAACACAUUUCAAAAAGUGUUCCAGCAUGGUUUCUAAACAUGACUACAGGUGCAUGGAAGAAAAAAGGACUUGGUCAGGUAGUCCUCAUGGAGGGAAAGCGCGUGUGGACGUUCACGGCUCCUCAUCUAGGAUACUGGAUCGCAGCAUCUGCCUCAUCCUCCAGAGAGUUUUUCCAACUCUCUGUCUUCAUUGAUUUUAUCUCACACCAUACUUUCUUCUUGAUGGUUAUUCUUGGAGGGAUGCUUCUCACCAUAGUCUGCCUUUUGCUGGGUCUGUUAAACUUCUGCAGAAGGGAGGUCAGUGAGGAGAACGCCCUAAAGCUCACAGUAAUGAGGAGAAAGGACCAGAGCACCUCCACAUCCUGUGAUGAAGCAUCUCCAGGACACGUUUACCCUCAGCAGGAGCAGAGCAUGCCACAGACAGAAAGACAGGAGGACAAAAACAAUGCUGCCUUUAUAUCUGGGAAUGACGACAGUGUGAUUCGUAACCCCGCUGCUGUAGCUGUUACAGUGGACUGUGACGACGUGGAGCUCGAAAUGGAUCUGUGCGAUCCGAUGGUUUUCUUUUCUGAACAAGUGAAAACUCCAGAGUCUCUUGUGGAAAGUUUAUUCUUCUGCAAUCAACAGGUCGCCAACCUUCCUGCUACUGCUUUCCUCCAUGUGGAGGAGCGAACACAGAGGCGUAAAUCAGCCACUCUGCCGCGAGCAGGUGCUUCCCACAGCGCAGCCGCCGAGCCGGACACCAAUUCUCUGCCUAAAAGCCCUUCUGUUGUCCAGAACCAGACAGAAGAAGCUGAGGGUCGGCUUGACGAUGAGGAAGCAAACCCCAGGAGUCCCUUCCCUGAGUCGGCGUCUGUACCAGGAACGUUGAGUAAAAUUGGGCAAAACAGGAACUCGGGAGAAACCGCAGCAGGAUUUUCUAAAACCCAGUCACCUCAGCCUCCUCGGGCCUGGUUUGUGUCGCUGGAGGGCAAACCUGCCGCUGAGAUCCACCACGCCACAGCAGAGCAGCACAGGAGGCGGAGGCCGGUCGAGAGUCGAGACACCAGCUUAGACUCAGGAGUGGACAUGAGCGAACUGAACCCGGGUCCUGUGAGGAGAGCUGGGACCCUGGAUCGGAGGGCCACUUUUGUCAAACGCACAUCCCAACAGUAAAAAUCCACCGUCAUACCAGCAAAGCAUUAUGGGUGAAAAGGCCCUACGUCUGCCUAGGUUUUUCUCCAAUGAAUAGCAUCAAUGAAACAGUUUAACAAAUAUCAGCCUAAGAAAUAUAACAAAUGGAGCAGUUUUGCACAAAGACUAAUGUUUAAUAACCAUUUAAUUGUAAUUUUUCUACAUCAGCAUCUGUAUUUGUGGCUCUGUUAGCUUAAAGUUUCACUUUGAUCAUCAUUUGAUCUAGUCUAAAAGUGUUCCCAUUGGUCUUUAAAUUCUGAUUUUGCUGUUUUUAGACAAAAACUUGUAGUUUUCUAGGACAUAGUUUCUACAGAGUGGCAGGAGUCCUUUAGAAAUUCACUUCUGAGUUGUGGGUGGUACUGUUGGUGUGGAGCGACCCCGCACCCGUCUAUGUCACAAAUACAAUCUUUUUCAAAUUGCUUUUUUUGUCU